UCAGAGGCCUCUCGAAGGAUUUCAGGACAACAAAUAACAUAUCAUGCUCGCUCCGGUCUCUAUAAACAUCCACCUGCUAAACUCAAGAAACACAGAACUUUCAGAAGUGAAGAGUUUUAGAGUGGCAGCGUUUAGAGUCUGAUUGAAGUUGAAUGAUACACAACUAGUAGUGGGAUCCUUAAGUAUGUGCAUCAAGUCAGCCGAGACAAGCUUAGAUGGUCCAAUAUCAGAUGUUCUGCACUAUAAGGACAAAGAAUUAAUCUCCACCCUCCCCCUGCAGCUGAACAACUUGCGAAAGAAGCAACUUUUUACCGAUGUCAUCCUUUGCUCCGAGGGAAAGGGGAUUCCAUGUCACCGGAAUGUUCUGGUGUCCAGCAGCCCUUACUUUUACGCUAUGUUUUGCAGCAGCUUCCUUGAGAGCCAGAAGACCCGGAUAGACCUGCAAGCGGUUCCUUAUGACAUCCUUGCAAGUAUCGUGGACUACGUUUACACGGGGUCCAUCAGCAUCACCAUGGAGCUGGUUCUUCCUCUAAUGGAAGCUGCCUCUAUGCUUCAGUAUGUUAGACUUUUCGAGGCCUGCUCGACGUUCCUUCAAGGUCAGCUCAGUUCAGACAACUGCCUGAGCAUGAUGCGUCUUUCCGAAAUCCUGCACUGUUCAAGCUUGCAGGAGAAAGCAAGAGAGUUGGCGAUGAGGAGCUUCUCGGAUGUGGUGGUCUCGGAGGACUUCUGUGAACUUUCGCUACCUGAACUGGUGAGCUACCUGGAGGACGACAGACUGUGCGUGGAGGAGGAGCAGGUAUUCGAGACCCUUCUGGCUUGGAUCCACCACGAACCGUUCUCUAGAUGCGGCACCAUUCACGACUUGUUCAGUCGUGUGAGGUUGAGAUACAUCCACCCGUCCUAUCUUUUUCAGUUCAUUGCCAGUGACCCUCUCGUCCAGUCCUCUACCUUGUGCACAGACAUAAUCGAAUCUGUUCGCCGUCUACUGUUUUCUGUCGGGACCUUGUGUCCCGGUGACCUGGAGCCUCUUUGGGCGGCACCACGGCGGCAGAACUGUAAGGAGGCGAUUGUUGUGGUGGGAGGGCGUAAGAACGGUGAGCGGACGUCUCGUGAUGCAAUGCUCUAUGAUGAGCAAAACCGGUGCUGGCAGUGGCUGGCAAAAAUUCCAACGCGCCUCCACCGACCCUCGUACAUCAGCAUGCACAGCAUCCUUUAUGUGCUGGGGGGCUUAACCACGAGUGCAGGAGGAAAGUGCACACCUAGCAACACCGUGUACACACUUUCACUUAAAACAAACCAGUGGAGAAUUGGAGAACCCAUGCUGAUGCCAAGAUACGCCCAUCAGAGCAUCUCGUACCUGCAUUUUAUUUUCGUACUGGGUGGAUUGACAGCUGACGGUCAGAUAUCCAAUCAGGUAGAGCGAUAUGACACCAUGUUCAACCAGUGGGAGGCAAUGGCCCCUAUUCCCACUGCAGUUCUGCACCCAGCUGUGGCCGCACAUGACCAGAGAAUAUACGUGUUCGGAGGGGAAGACGCCAUGCAAAAACCGGUUCGAAUGAUCCAGAUUUACCACAUCGGAAGAAAUCUGUGGUGUCGAGUGGAGAACAGAACAGUGAAGAAUGUUUGUGCACCAGCUGCAGUAAUUGAUGAUAAAAUCUACAUUGUAGGAGGCUAUACAAGACGAAUGAUAGCGUAUGAUGUUAAAAGCAACAGGUUUGAAAAAUGUGAAAAUAUGAAGGCAAGGAAGAUGCAUCACUCUGCUACUGUUGUACAUAACAAGCUGUAUGUCACAGGAGGACGGUUCAUUAAUAACCAAGACAAUAUAGAAGACUCAGACAGUUUUGACUGCUAUGACCCAAAAACAGAUUCAUGGGUAUCAAUGGGAACGUUACCAUUCAAGCUAUUUGACCAUGGUUCAGUACCCUUGGUCUAUCUCUCUGACAAGUCUCUGCCUACAUAAAUGUAUUAAAGAUUUCAAUCUUUGACAUGGCCUUAGUAUUAAAGAUGUGAUGGUUAUAAUUUCAUAGAAUGUUCUUUACAUUAUGUAGGAUGAUUUUAUGUAGAAACUGUAAAUCGCCAAAAACUGGCUUUAGCUGGGUUUUCACAGAGUCACAAAUAUGAAUGUCAGUCUGUAACCACUAACAUUCAAACUGAGACAUGUUCUCCAUUUUCAAGGAGUUUAAGUUUAAAAGAAACAUGGUUGCACAUAUUGCCUUUUAAAGGUGCAGUGUGUAAAUUUUAGCGGCAUCUAGUGGUGAGGUUGUGAAUUGCAACCGACGGCUCAGUCCACUGCUCACCCCUCGCUUUUGAAACGCAUAGAGAAACUAUGGUAGCCGCCACCGGAACAUGUCAUCAACGGAGACAACUUAGUAAAAAAGUUUGUCCGUUAAGGGCUUCUGUAGAAUCAUGGCGGCACAAAAUGGCGACUUCCAUGUAAGGGGACCCUCGGUGCAUGUAGAUAAAAACGUCUCAUUCUAAGGUAAUAAAAACAUAAUGGUUCAUUAUAAAAAGGUCUUUAUACACCCCUGAUAAUAUUAUUUUGCAUUCUGUCAAGAGAUCCUUUUACAAAUUACACACUGCACCUUUAAAUGUGUGUGUUUUCUGCUACAGAUAUAUUUCAGAUGAAACACUGUCUUUGAAGCACUUCAGACUAAUAUGAGUAGCGCACUUUAAGUGUACAUGUGCACUUUUAUUUAAAGACAUUCCUUCAUUUUGUAAAUGUAUUAUUUAUUCACAUUUUUUACAAAGCAAUAGUUACAUUUGUUAAAAUUUAAUUCAAUAAUAUGCAACUUUUUACUAUUAAAUGUUUCCAAGAAAAGAGUCAAACAUAACAAAUUAGUAGAUUUAGAUUAUUUGCAAACAAUUUUAUAGCUGAUAAAAAAUGUUUUUUCUUGUUAUUACUUCGUAUAACCAUUUGUUGUAUUGUUCUGAUUCUUUAAAUUAC